AUGAACACCUGUCUUCUUGUCAUCGCGUGUUUGCUCAUGCAAACCCGGCUCCCCCCACGAGAAUUAAAACAUUUCCCUGUCUUGGAAUGGUUAAAAGAACCCGGGUACUUCGCGAUCCUUGUGGCAGGCUGUUGGACUUUUCUAGGCCUUUUUUUCCCUGUGUUCUAUUUGCAGCUUGAUGCAGUUUUACAUGGAGUGGACAAUAAUGCUGCGUUUUAUUCUCUUUCUGUGUUGAGCGCGGCCAGCUUCAUUGGCCGGAUCAUUCCUGGCGGUUUGGCACACAAGUUUGGGGUCUUCAACCUCCUCGUACUUUUCAGUAUGGGCACUGCCGUCGUAACGCUCUCCAUGUUUGGCGUCCACGAUACCGCAAGCACCCUUAUUUUCGCAGUAUUCUACGGGCUAUUCUCUGGUGGAGCCAUAGCGCUCCUCGCUCCUGUGGUUGGGCUACUCUCGAAAGAUAUGAGCGAAAUCGGAGCACGUAUGGGGAUAUUGUUUGGAAUCGGAGGGAUACUUGGUUUAUUCGCAACUCCCAUCGCUGGAGCGCUGUUAACCAGCCAGCAUCACUGGAAGCGUGCAAUUUUGUUUGCAGGAAUUUCUCUGGUAAUCGCAAGCUUCAGCUAUGCCGCCUCCCGCUACUUUGUCGCUAAAAAGAAAGGGACACAACUGAUAUAA